UUUUGUGUUUUGUUGUUUUGUUCAGUGCUCGAGAUCAAACCCAAGAACUCAUGCAUGCUAGGCCAGUGAGCAAGAGAAGAGAUUUUAUCAGAUAACUGGGUUUUCCAAACAUUGCUUUUGGGCUGGGGAUGUAGCUCAGUGGCAGAGCACAUGCUUGGCAUGUGCAAGGCCCAGGGUUUGAACAAAUAAAAACCAUUGUCUUUGUUGUAAUUAGAAGGAGGCACUUUAUUUUUGUUUCAGGGAUGGAGGAAUAGAGACCUACUUGUUUUGACACUAAGCUUUUCUGCAUAGUAGAAUCACCUGGGAAGCUUUAAAAAAAUCCUGAUGCCCAGGCUGCAUGCGUGCCAAUUAAAUCAGAAUCUCUGCAGGUGGGGCUUGUGAUGUGUAAAGCUUCCCUUGUGGCUCCAUUAUGCCAUCAAGUUUGAAAGGCCUGCUGCUUACGGUGUCAUUCUCUGACAUUGGCGGCAUGAGAGCUUGUUGAAAGUACAGAAUUCCAGCCUCAUCCCAGGCUUGCUGAAUCGGGAUCUGAUUUGCAUCCACAUUAAAGUGUGAAAAGCUGCCUCUGUGUACUUGCUGUCCUCUAGUUUAGGUGCUGUGUAGGGCUAAGAGAAGUUCCUUUUCAGAACGUAGCCGAGAGAAAGAAAGCUUAUUUCACCUCACUUUUACUGUAAGUUACAAGAUUAAGCAUCAAGUAGUUAAGAGGAUUCCAUUCUUCCCCAACUUGUUUUUUGGUUCACCUAGAGAGAAGACCCAAUCACACUUAGCAAUGGGGCUCUCCAGUCAGCUCCAGUUAGAGUGGGAUCUUUUGUGACUUCCAUUUCUCCAUGCUUCACCUCGAUUGUUCCCCCAAAUUGUCAGCCAGUCAUCUGGGUGGAGUUAUCAGAUCAGCCCCACCUCAGAGCUACUCACGUCUGUAUUCUUUCCUGGGAGUGUCUGCUGGUGUUCUGAAGGCCAGCAUCAGAGUGCCUUGCACAUGAAGUGAUGCCAUUUGCUCAUCAGACAUCAGCUCUCUUCCACACCGUGUGCCAGAGGCAGGGCUGAGAGCUGGGGACCCAGGCUUGGAGCAGAUGUACUUGGAGCAGUUGUUCGAGGAGUACAUUGAACCACAUGGAAAUUGCCUUACAACAGGUUUCCAUGUUCUUCCGUUCAGAACCAAAGUGGGAAGUGGUAGAACCAUUGAAAGACAUAGGCUGGAGGAUUAGGAAGAAAUACUUCUUGAUGAAGAUUAAAAAUCAACCAAAGGAACGGCUGGUGUUAAGCUGGGCUGACCUUGGCCCUGACAAAUACUUGUCAGAUAAAGAUUUUCAGUGUCUAAUCAAACUUCUGCCUUCCUGUUUGCACCCUUACAUUUACCGGGUUACUUUUGCCACAGCUAAUGAAUCCUCUGCAUUGCUAAUCAGGAUGUUUAAUGAGAAAGGAACUUUGAAGGAUCUGAUCUACAAGGCAAAACCAAAGGACCCAUUCCUAAAGAAGUACUGCAACCCUAAGAAGAUUCAGGGCCUUGAACUCCAGCAAAUAAAAACAUAUGGACGGCAGAUAUUAGAGGUGCUAAAGUUUCUACACGACAAGGGAUUCCCUUAUGGGCAUCUUCAUGCCUCUAAUGUGAUGCUAGAUGGGGACACUUGCCGGCUGCUAGACCUUGAGAACUCCUUACUGGGCCUUCCUUCAUUCUACCGACCCUACUUCACGCAAUUCAGGAAAAUCAAUACCCUGGAAAGCGUGGAUGUCCACUGCUUUGGUCACUUACUAUACGAAAUGACGUAUGGACGACCACCGGACUCGGUGCCUGUGCACUCCUUUCCUCCUGCACCAUCCAUGGCUGUGGUGGCCGUGUUGGAGUCUACGCUGUCUUGUGAAGCCUGUAAAAAUGGCAUGCCUACCACCUCCCGGCUCUUACAGAUGCCAUUAUUCAGUGAUGUUUUACUAACCACGUCUGAAAAGCCACAGUUUAAGAUUCCCACAAAGUUAAAAGAGGCAUUGAGAAUUGCCAAAGAAUCUGUAGAAAAGAGACUCAUUGAAGAACAGAAACAGAUUCACCAGCAUCGAAGACUGACCAGAGCUCAGUCACACCAUGGAUCUGAGGAAGAAAGAAAAAAGAGAAAGAUUUUGGCUCGGAAGAAGUCAAAGCGAUCUGCUAUUGAAAAUAGUGAAGAGCAUUCAACGAAGUACAGCAACUCUAACAAUUCAGCAGGAUCUGGGGCCAGCUCACCUCUCACACCGUCAUCUCCGACUCCACCCUCUACAGCAGGGCUAUCUGCAUUACCUCCACCGCCUCCACCUCUGCCCCCAGCAGCUCCCCUGCCGCCUGUGGGCACAGAGGCAUCUGCACAACUCUCGCCCCAGGCUAUGAAUGGUGUGAGCCGAGGGGCCUUGCUCAGCUCCAUCCAGAAUUUCCAAAAGGGAACUUUGAGAAAGGCCGAAACCUGUGAUCACAGUGCUCCUAAGAUUGGCUAAGCUUCCCGUUUACACUGGGAGGGAAAAGUCUUUUUCCGCCCCACUCCCACCCCUGAAGUCCCCCGUGGCUGGGUGAGCCCUGGAGAGCCGGCACUGCCUCUGUUCUGCAUAUGCUCUGGCGAGAGGCUUCCGGAGGGCGGGAUCCGCCAUGUAGGGUAAGGUCGGGCCUGCACUGCUGCCUUCGAAAGUAUUCUGCUCCCAUUAGCACUGUAAAGGGGCCCUGGUCAUCCUCUCAUGGGCAUCUUUUGGGGGACAGCACAAUACAUAAAUCAGUUUUUUCGCCAACUACAGGAAAUAGAAGCAGUGACAGUAUUUCAUCACAGCAGUGAAUGGCCUUUGUGCUGCAGCCCCUCUACCCCAUGAGAAACCCUCCUCAUAGCUCAUUUCUCUGAAGCACUUCUGGGUACUCCUUAGAUAACUCAUUUCUGCUACCUUUAUUUUGCCUCUGACGUUAAUGCUGUAGCCCAAAGCAUAGUUAUGUGACUGUCAGAGAAGCACCCGAGUUCAUUUUCCCCUCACGUUGGGGGGGGGUCCCCAACAGUGCCACGUUCCAUAGGGAACCCCUGAUGACCACAGAGCUCAGGGCUUCGAGAGCAAUUUCUCUGGACCCAUGCUUCUUAUACUUACAGUAUACUGAAACAGAAACAGACUAUCACCCUAAAAGUUCCUGCCAGUUAAAAGAUGUUAAGUCCUCAGCACCUGUCAAGCUUGGGGUUCGGGGGUGAUCAUUACUACAAGUACAUUUGGCAUUACAGAAAUCAAUUCUGAUAGUUGAAAGAUUUAUCCAAAUACAUUGUCUUUUUAAUGUUACUCAUUUACUAGAUUUUAUCCUAUGAUUUGCUUAAAUUUUAAAAUAAAUUGCACUUUAAAGGAUUAUAAAUAAUCCGUUUUAAAAUUCAAGUACACACAUCAGUGUUGGUUACUAUGCAGAAUGUCAUUGUGUAGUUUCAUGUAAUGUGAUAAAUGUUCAGCUGUAUUUUUUAUUAAAAUAAACCAUGUCAAGAAACA